AGACGUCGUGAGUGACUUCCUGCUCCCUUAUAAGGGGGUGGGUGGUGGUCUUGUGGUACUGACCCCUCCUGGUCAGACUGAAGAUGAUGACCCAUAGUGCAUGGCUGCUUUUCCUGCUGUGUAUUGUGUCCACUCUAUGGGGUUACCCCUUCAGACCCCCGCUAGACCUGGAUGUGACCCCCAGAACUACGGUCUUCUCCAAUGGGCUGUUGGGCUGCAAGCGCUUCAGAGGCUUAACACUGAACUACAGUUUAUUGCUGCUGGAGGAGGAGACAGGCAUGUUGUACGUGGGAGCUAGAGGGGCUUUAUAUGCCCUGCAGGCUAGUGACAUCUCCAGCAGCUCUCCGCAGACUAUUGACUGGGAGGCAUCAGACGAGCAGAAGCAACAAUGCUUGAACAAAGGGAAAGAUAACAAGACGGAGUGUUACAACCACAUACGAUUCCUGCAGAGGUUCAACAGCACACACUUGUACACUUGUGGAACACAUGCUUUCAGCCCUCUUUGUGCAUACAUAGAUGCGAGGGAGUUUAAAAUCUCGUCAGCCUUCGAGGAGGGUAGAGAGAAAUGUCCAUAUGACCCUACCAAAGGCUACACUGGCCUGUUAAUUGAUCAGCAGAUGUACACAGCAUCUCAGUAUGAGUUCCGGAGCUUUCCAGAUAUCCGACGCAACUCUCCGAAUCCCACAUUGAAAACAGAAGAGGCUCCAACUCAAUGGCUACAGGAAGCUGAUUUUGUGGGCUCAGCGCUGGUGAAUGAGAGCGUGAGCAGCUCAGUGGGAGACGAUGAUAAGAUUUACUUCUUCUUCACCGAGAAGACCCAAGAGCUCAGUCCAUACUUCAGUCACAGCAGAGUAGCACGGGUCGCACGUGUGUGCAAGAGAGACAGAGGAGGUCUUCUCACGCUACAGAAGAAGUGGACCUCCUUCCUGAAGGCACGUCUGGCGUGUUCUUUACCGGACUAUGAAUUUCACUUCAACGUGUUGCGGAGUGUGUUUUUUCUGGAGGGCUCCAGCUCUCAGGACUCUGUUUUCUAUGGCAUCUUUGGCCUGGAAUGGAAAAAUGUAAAAGCAUCUGCUAUCUGCCAGUACUCCAUUUCGGAUAUCCAAUGGGCCUUUGAUGGGCCUUACAUGGAGAGCAACGAAGACUCCAGCUCUAAAUGGGCACAGUACACAGGGAAAGUGCCAGAACCUCGACCCGGCUCGUGCAUCACAGAUCAACUUAGAGCAAGAGGCAUCAACUCAUCCACCAACCUGCCAGAUGACGUACUUCAUUUUGUCCGUCGCCAUCCGCUCAUGUACAGGCAGAUCCUUCCUCAAGGACAGCGCCCCCUGCUGUUUAGGAGGAAUGUGGACUACACUAAAAUUGCCGUACACAAAGUGACUGCUCUAGAUGGUCAGAUAUACCACAUACUCUUCAUUGGGACAGAUGAAGGUUGGCUACAGCGGGCUGUGAUGGUUAAUGGUCAGCUGCACAUCAUUGAGGAGCUGCAGCUGUUCGAGGAGCCACAGCCAGUGGACAGUAUAGUCAUCUCUGAGAAACAGAUGAGUGUGUAUGUGGGUUCACCCAGCUCAGUGGUGCAGUUGCCCUUGUCCACAUGCAGCAGAUACUCCUCGUGCUUCGACUGUGUGAUGGCACGCGAUCCCUUCUGUGGCUGGGAUGGACUGGAGUGUGUGGACAUUACAUCACACACCAGCAGAACUAAUCUGACCCAGGAUAUUGUGAAUGGAAACCAGGGCUGUGAGGAAUCCACAGCAGAUGACCAAGUGUUACACCGCUCUCGCUCUGUGAUGGCGGGUGAUGACGUGCUGCUUCAGUGUGAGCUCAGCUCCAAUCUGGCAACCCCUGAGUGGACGCUGGAUGGAAAGAAACUGCAGGGUUACGGGCUGGACUCUGGCUACCGCGUCGGCACUGACGGUCUCCUGGUCAUCGAGGCACGGUCUUACCAGAGCGGCCACUACUGCUGCUUCGCCCUGGAAAACAGUGUCCAUGUUCCUGUGGUGAUCUACAGCUUAACAGUUCGCCAGGAGCUUCCUGCACCUCCUCCUGUGGAGCCAACGCAGCCACACUUGACCACAGCGAUCUACUGGACCUUUCAGACUUCCCAAGGUGACUCCCCGGAGGACUUCAAUCCAACCCCAAUGUCCCCUCGCUUCGAGUUCCUGUCCAUGAGGAACAUGGAGGCCAUGUACCUAUCCCUAAUCACAAUCCUAGGAGGCCUUUGUUUUGUUCUAACAGUCGUCCUGCUGUACGUGGGAUUCUGUUUGCAAGGGCGGAGAGGUAAAUACUCUUUGCGGGCUGCUGCUCAUGCCGAAAAGAAGCGAGGUGCUCACAUGGAGCUCAAGACCAUCUCCAGCCACUGCAACGGGAAAGCCGACGCUCACGACGGCCUGCUUCAGAUUGUUCCCGGAGAAGCAGCAACGUCACCCAACAAAGAGCUUCCUCCCGCUCCACCUCUCCCACCGCCUUCAGAAUCAGAGUACGUCAAUGGACUCUCUGCCACCUUACCCAGCGUCUUACGCAAGAUGAAUGGCAACAGCUAUGUGUUACUGAGACAGACGGAUGGAGAUACCACGUCUCCGCUCUAUUACUCCUUCACGGAGGAGCUCAACAGGAUCCUGGAGAAGAGGAAGCACACGCAACUGUGUAGUAAACCUGACGAGAGCUCGGUGUGAACCGUACCUACCUUGUGGAGUUGUUUUCGAACUGCUGGUGUCCUCUAAAAUGUUCAAGGGAUGUAUCAUUGUCUAAUACCCCUUUUUUUACAUUUCAACGGGAUGCUAAUA